GCCGCUCGCUCACCCACAGGCGCCUCCGGCAUGGCCGCGGCCGAGGUGCCCGGCUACCUGGUGUCCCCUCAGACGGAGAAGCACCGGCGGGCCCGGAACUGGACCGACGCCGAGAUGCGCGGCCUCAUGCUCGUCUGGGAGGAGUUCUUCGAGGAGCUGAAGCAGACCAAGCGCAACGCCAAGGUGUACGAGAAGAUGGCCUGCAAGCUGCUGGCCAUGACGGGCGAGCGCCGGCUGGGCGAGGAGAUCAAGAUCAAGAUCACCAACAUGACCUUCCAGUACAGGAAAUUAAAAUGCAUGACAGAUAGCGAGUCCGUCCCGCCCGACUGGCCCUAUUACCUAGCCAUUGAUAGGAUUCUGGCCAAGGCCCCCGAGUCCUGUGAUGGCAAACUGCCGGACGGCCAGCAGCCGGGGCCCUCCACGUCCCAGACCGAGGAGUCCCUGUCGCCGUCGGCUAAGUCCACCCCUCUGUACUUACCGUAUAACCGGUGCUCCUACGAAGGCCGCUUCCAGGACGAUGGCUCCGACAGCUCCUCCAGCUUACUGUCCCUUAAGCGCAGGUCGGAGGAGCGGCCGGUGAAGAAGCGCAAGGCGCCGGGCGGCCCGUUCCGCAAGCGGAAGCUGCGGCUGCUGGAGGCGAUGCUGGAGGAGCAGCGGCGGCUGAGCCGCGCCCUGGAGGACACGAGCCGCGAGGUGCGCCGCGUGCUGGACCAGCAGCACCUGCUCCAGGUGCAGGGCCUGCAGCUGCAGGAGCGCAUGAUGAGCCUGCUGGAGAAGCUCGUGGCCAAGGCCAGCGGCUAGGCGCCCGCAGCCCCUCCCGCCCCGACCACAGGCCGGCCGCGGCCGCCUCGGCACUGAGCGCCCUGGGCACAGGCCGGGGUCCCCCAGCGGGAACGUGCUGGCGCCACGCUCCACCGUGGUCCCGCCGACGACACCUGGAACGCGGGAUGCGACGUGUGUGUCUCCUGCCCGAGGUGGGCACAGCCGCCUUCCCGGCUGGUCUGGGCCAGAGAAGCCAACGGAAGCAGGUCGGGCAGAUCUGCUCCAGGGCAGCCUCCCCCGGACAGCGCUCUCCCCCCCAACCCCCUCCUGCCCCCAAAUGCCCACGGACACCGACGGCCCCAUCUGCCCCCAAUGCCCUCGGACACUGAGGGCCCCGCCUGCCCCAAACCCGCGGACACUGAGGGCCCCCCGCCUGCCCCAAAUGCCCGCGGACACUGAGGGCCCCCCGCCUGCCCCAAAUGCCCGCGGACACUGAGGGCCCCGCCUGCCCCAAACCCACGGACACUGAGGGCCCCCCGUCUGCCCCAAAUGCCCGCGGACACUGAGGGCCCCCCGUCUGCCCCAAAUGCCCGCGGACACUGAGGGCCCCCCGUCUGCCCCAAAUGCCCGCGGACACUGAGGGCCCCCCGUCUGCCCCAAAUGCCCGCGGACACUGAGGGCCCCCCGUCUGCCCCAAAUGCCCAUGGACACGGAGGGCCCCCCGUCUGCCCCAAAUGCCCGCGGACACGGAGGGCCCCCCGUCUGCCCCAAAUGCCCGCGGACACGGAGGGCCCCCCGUCUGCCCCAAAUGCCCGCGGACACUGAGGGCCCCCCGUCUGCCCCAAAUGCCCAUGGACACUGAGGGCCCCCCGUCUGCCCCAAAUGCCCAUGGACACUGAGGGCCCCCCGUCUGCCCCAAAUGCCCAUGGACACGGAGGGCCCCCCGUCUGCCCCAAAUGCCCGCGGACACUGAGGGCCCCCCGUCUGCCCCAAAUGCCCAUGGACACUGAGGGCCCCCCGUCUGCCCCAAAUGCCCAUGGACACGGAGGGCCCCCCGUCUGCCCCAAACCCCCGCGGACACUGAGGGAGGAGGGCGCAGGGCCUUUCUCUCCUGCCCAGGACGUGGGCUGGGACCGCCCCUCGGUGGGAACAAAUAAAGGGAACUCUUCCGCUCACUCUGGGCAGAUGGAGCCCGAGACAGCCUGGCGUCGGGGAGCAGACAAACGUGACUGGACGUAAACACGUGGUGGGAUGUGA